AUGUAUACCGUCUACAAAGCUCUUUACAAGAUGCAAUGUGAACUGGGAUUUAGAGCUGCUAAAGAGAAUCGCACAGGAGGGACUCAAUUUCCCUGUGCUGAUUGUGGGAAGCGUUUCAGUCAUUUAUCACAGCUUAGAAUCCACCAGCGCAGUCACACAGGAGAGAAACCUCAUCACUGCACUGAGUGUGGGAGGAGUUUCACGCAGUUACAAAAUCUUAAACAACACCAACGCGUUCACACAGGAGAGAAACCUUAUCAUUGCACUGAGUGUGGGAAGAGAUACAGUCGUUUAUCAAACCUUAAAAUCCACCAGCGUGUUCACAGAGGAGAGAAACCUUUUCACUGUACUGAGUGUGGGAAUAGUUUCACGCGAUUAGAACGUCUUCAGUCACACCAGCGCAUUCACACAGGGGAGAAACCUUAUCACUGUUCUGAGUGUGGGAAGAGUUUCAAUCGAUUAGGAAGUCUUCAAUCACACCAGCGCAUUCACACAGGAGAAAAACCUUAUCAUUGCACUGUGUGUGGGAAGAGAUUCACACAGUUAGGAAAUCUUCAAUCACACCAGCGCAUUCACACAGGAGAGAAACCUUAUCACUGUACUGAGUGUGGGAAGAGUUUCACAAAUUUUAGGUCCUUGAAAAUCCACCAGCAGAUUCAUUAAAGGAGGUUGUGUGGUCCAGUGGUUAAAGAAACAGGCUUGUAACCAGGAGGUCCCUGGUUCAAAUCCCUGC